GACUGACUUUUCUGAUAAUGCGGAGCAGAAGUGAUGCAUUUUCAAGCGUGGACUUGCAAUUUCUAAGAAAUACAAACAGAAUCAACUGUAAACAUGCGCCUAGCCUACAUCAAUGCUCAGUCUUCCACUGAUUCGGGUUACGAGAGCGAAGUUAUCGAACGAAUCACCACUAGGCGAAGUCCUCAUGGACUCCUUGCUCUCGAUCUCACUCUACUCUCCUCUCCUGCGGUCGCCGACAGAUGGAAUACUUUCUUCGCUGCAGUACAGACACAAACGACGCUUCCAGUUAUCUUCCGCGAGAUAGUCAUUUGCCGCGUCGCACUGAUCAACGAAGCAUGGUAUCAAUGGGAGGGUCAUACUCCCCUGUUGCGCUCUUGCCAAAACUUCGACGAGGGCAAAAUGGAGACUGUGAAAAUGGCCAAGCCAUGUGCUCAAGGGCCAUUGUCCGACCAAGAGUGGGCGGUGUUGCGAUACGCAGACGCAGUGACAAGGGAAGUGGCUGUUGACGAUGGGACUUUCGAGGGUCUCAAAGUCGUGGGGUUCAGCAACCGCGAUAUUGUUGAAUUGACGGUCAUCAUUGCUGCCUACAACUGUGUCAGUCGAGUGCUUGUGGCGUUGGACGUGGGAGAGAAGAAUGCCGCGGAGAAAAGGAACAUUUGAUUCAUAAGAAAUUCCAUGGCAGGAAGACUCUGUGCCACAUGAAUUCGG